UUUUUUUUUUUUUUUGAGCCGAGUACAGGUCGUGCUGCAAUUAGUUCAUUGAAAACUCAGUUGCUCUCUGAGCGCUUGGACAGAGACUGCUUUCGGCUUUUUUUUCUGCUGAUUGUUAAGAUCUCCUAUAGAGAGCUGCAACAAUGCCCAAAAGAAAGGCUGCCAGUCAAGGUGAUAUGAGGCAGGAGCCAAAGAGAAGAUCAGCCAGACUGUCUGCUAUGCCUGUGCCCAUUACACCAGAGUUGAAGCCCAAAAGAACAUCAACUCCAAAGAAACUGAAGACAACAAAUGAUAUGAUGGAAAAAAAUACAGAUGCAGGUGUCAAAGCAAUAGCUGAAAACAAGCAAGAAGUUAUUAAAGGAGAAUGUAAUGAUGAAAAUACUGAAAAUGGAGAAGCCAAAAUUAUGGAGGCACCAGCUCCUGAAAAAGAACUUGAGGAAAUGAAAGAAGAAAAAAAUGAAGAUGUUGAAGAAGAGGGAAUAGAAAAGAAGGAAGUAGUGACAGCAGCAGGAGAAGACGAAAAAGAUCAGGAAGGAGAUGGAGAAGACCAAAACAAAAAAGAGGAGAAGAGAGAAGAUGGGAAAGAGAACAAAGAUGGAAAAGGAAAAGGAGAUAGAAAAGAAGAUGAAGAUGAACAUCUUCAUACUGAUUAUUAG